AAGUGAUAAAGGGGCAGGGAUGUGGAGGGUGGGGGGAAAUGAUUUCAGAAUGUCUUUUAAAGAAACAGCUUGAGAGCUUCAAAGGCAUUUUCUUUUACCUGGUUCCCAGUCCAUUUGUCACCAUCCUCCAAAUGUGUGUGGCUGGCGGUCUGUGUAGACCACUGUUUCUGGCAGGGGUUUCGCUCUUGGCCAUGGAGGUGUUUGUCUUCACACUUUCAGUCGUGCCUUCUUCUUUCCAAGAGAAUCCCUUCAUUUAGGGAACAUACGGAACUGUGGUUUUUGUUGUCAGUGAUGGAAACUUGGUGAAUCCUUAGUAUGUGUUACAAAUGAAAGUAAAUAGGAUAAGUGGAGAGGUAUUUACUCUUUUGGGGGAUGGCAAAUUUCAGCUUCAAUAAAUUAUAGUUGCUUUCAUUAUAACAAAGGAUUUUUGCUUUUAAUGAUUUUUGAAAUGUUUCUAUGUGCCCUAGACACAAUAAAACUUCUAGAGCGAAGAGGUUUUUAUUCUUGUUUUUUUUUUUUAUUAUUGAACCUAGGUGUUUUCCCCCCAGUUUUUGUUUUUUUUUUUUUUUUUUUGGGGGGGGGGGGGGGGGGGAGUCUGUGAAAUCAUCAAGGUCAGAGAGUUUUGUCUUAUGCAUAUUUGUAUAUCCAAUUUCUGGCACAUGAUGGACUCCAACAGGAGUCUGAUAGUAGAUUCAUGUGGAUAGUGAAUGAGUAGUAAUGGCUAGUGAUGAUCAGUAGCCUCAGUAUAUAUUUAAUUUAUCUGAAAAAAAUGACAAAAAGUUCGGAGACAAGGCUGGUUUGGAUAAAACUUACUGGUUAUGAGUUUUUUUAGAUGGAGAUUACUGUUGAAUUGACCAAGAGUGUGUACCUGUGACUAAUGAGAUGAAAUUAAGCAAAAGGAAUAUGUGAGCUGAACACCAAGAAAUAUUUUCAAUAGAUGAGGAUGGGAUUAAAUCAGGCAGAGGAGUCCCAGUGGAAGUGGCCGGGGGACAUUUAACACCAUGCAUGUCACUUAAGGCUGCAGUGAACUUACACAAUUUACUAGAGACUGACUCUGGCUUUGGCAGGGUGAUAAAUGGGACCAUAUCUCUAGUCUCAUUGAUUCUUUUUCUUACACGGGUAUACAUUCACAGCCUCCCAUCCCCUAUGGACAGAAUUUAUGUGUGUGUUAAAUUUUCUGAUUAUGGUUUUCUUUUUUUUCCAGAAAACACUCUUUUCAGAGCAUCUCCUGGUAUCAUCAGAAAUGUCCUCCUUAAGUGGGAAAGUCCAAACUGUUUUGGGCCUGGUAGAGCCAGGCAAACUGGGCCGCACUCUGACCCACGAACAUUUGACAAUGACCUUUGACUGCUGUUACUACCCACCUCCUCCACGUUACAAAGCUACCUCCGAAGAACCUAUUAUGAUGAAAAAUUUAUUUUGGAUUCAAAAGAACCCUUAUUCCCAUAAGGAGAAUCUUCAGCUGAAUCAGGAGACGGAAGCCAUCAGGGAAGAACUGUUGUAUUUUAAAGCCAACGGUGGAGGGGCUUUGGUCGAGAACACUACUGUUGGCAUCAGCCGAGACGUGAAGACUUUGAAGUGGCUUGCCGAAGAGACCGGCGUCCAUAUCAUAUCUGGAGCUGGAUUUUAUGUGGACGCAACUCACUCUCCAGACACCAGAGCCAUGUCAGUGGAACAGCUUACUGAUGUCCUCAUUAAUGAAAUUCUCCAUGGAGCUGAUGGAACUAGCAUCAAGUGUGGUGUCAUUGGAGAAAUUGGUUGCUCCUGGCCUCUGGCAGAGAGUGAGAAGAAGGUUCUUCAGGCAACAGCUCAUGCUCAGGCUCAGCUCGGCUGUCCUGUUAUUAUUCAUCCUGGAAGGAAUCCAAGCGCACCAUUUCAGAUUAUCCGAGUGUUGCAAGAAGCAGGUGUAGACGUCUCCAAAACGGUUAUGUCCCACAUUGAUAGGACUAUACUUGAUAAAAACGAACUCCUGGAGUUUGCUCAACUUGGCUGUUACUUGGAAUAUGAUCUCUUUGGGACUGAACUCCUUCAUUACCAAUUCAACCCGGAUAUCGACAUGCCCAAUGAUAAUAAAAGAAUUAGGAGAGUGCGUCUUCUGGUGGAUGAAGGCUACGAAGAUCGAAUUCUGAUGGCACACGACAUACAUACGAAGCAUCGGCUGAUGAAGUAUGGAGGUCACGGCUACUCUCAUAUACUUACCAACAUUGUUCCUAAAAUGUUGCUUAGAGGGAUCACUGAGAAUGCACUUGAUAAGAUACUAAUAGAGAACCCUAAGCAAUGGCUAACUUUCAAGUAGGAUGGUUGUUUACAGACUCACACCUUGAGUAGAAAGCUUGCAGAGAACAUUUUUCAGUGAUUUCAAACCCACAGUGAGAUAUUAAUCAGGGCUAUGUAGGAUGAAUGACGGAUCAUUUCCUAUUUAUGAGAAUUAGAAAUUUUGCCUUCUCAGAAACCAGCUGGUACAUCGGUACCUUUAGGAAGUUACUGACCUAACGGAGCCCUCUUGUUCUGCCUUUAACAAAAUAAAUACAGAAGCACCUAUUUCCAAACAGUGAUUUACAUUCUGUAUCCCCUCUAGCAAAGUUUUGGUUUGUUUUGUUUUCUUAAUCUAUCAGCUGCACUACUUGAGGAAAUUUAAAGUGUUUCUAGUUAAAUUACCCCCUUCUGGAGCAAUCUAAUGUUUCUUGUAAUAUUGAUGAUCCUACUAAUUAUCCUGCUGUUCUUUAAUUAAUGCUUAAUGAAUAAUAUGGCACUUGAAAAUAGCUUCUGCAGCAAGGGAAGUUAAAGUUUGAGGCUUCCCCCCCCCCCCAAAGGACACUGUAAUACAAUCACCAAUUCACAAUGAUAAAAAUAUUGUCGAAGCUUGAUUAUAUUCAUUAUAUAUUGUAGAAGUUGUCUACCUAUCUAUAUUGACUAGUAAUAAAUCAGUUUUGUUGCCUGUGGCUUCCUGGUAUCCAUUUUUGCUGUAAAGCUUUGUUAGUUUAAACAUUUGUAUAAGGGGGCAUGAACACGUAACAUAAUACUGAAUUAUAAAAAUUCAAUGGUAAAAGUCAAAAUAUAUUACAUAAUAUAGUUUAAUGAAUCAUUACAUUUAUAAUAACAAAGGCCACAGUUUAAUUGAUAAUAUAUAUGCAAAAAAAGAGAAAUGUUUGCCAUAUAUAUAUAUUCCCUUUAUUUCCCUUACCUUUUAUUUGUUUUUCCUUGGGCCUAAACAGAGAAAAUGAUGCUUAGUUAUCUGAAGAAAAGGUCAGAUCUAUUAGAAAUGGCAUUCUGACUCUA